GUUUUCGCUAUUAUCAACUGUUGAUUGCAACAAAGAGAUGUGAAAAAGCCCGCAGAACAUUCCAAGAACUCCGCCCAUCAAGAUGCAUUCCGCCCAGGCGCAGGCUCAGGCCCGCGACAAGAUCUUCAAGAACUGGAGGGGCAUUAGCGAGGUGACCAUCAUCAAGGAGGUGGCCACCAAGGGCGAGCACAUCGACCUGUGCAUGGAGUACUGGGCGCAGAAGAGGAAGAUUCCCGUCGCGGAGUACCGCCACUACUUCUACGACGUGGUGCAGGCCUAUGUGCAGCGACUGCUCUCCGAACGACUUGUCUGCAAGGCGGAGGACGUCAUCCGGAACGUGGACAGGGAUGUGAAGUGCUUCUUCUUUCAGUUCGCCUGCGAGUGCCAGGAUGAGGAGUUGAGUGAGUUUGUGCUGGAUCACCUGCGCAGUCGGGAGCCCCUAAUGUACGAGCAGGAAGAGCCAGUACUGGCCUACCACUGGUCCUUGGUCCAGCAACUCCGGGAGUGCGAGGCCCUGGUGGCCAAGCACCGGACACAGCUGCCCCGUGUCCACAUAGAAGCCAUGAUGACAUUACCGGAGCCGGCACUGCAGGUGCUCCUCGUAGAACUGUACUUUGCCAAUGGCAACGAAUCUUUGCUGGGAUCUCUCUCCAAGGAAAUGGUCUGGCAGCACCUGGUAGACAGUGACCAGCAAGCGAAGCUCCAGCGUUGGUGUCGCCUCCAGGAGGAGGGCUUCGAGUCCCAGGAAACGCUUUGUCCCUUGGAACAGAGCUUCACCGCCUGGAAAAUAGAUGUCACCAUGUACGAGUACGCUCUGGAGGAACUGCAGCAGCCCAGCGAAGUGCUGCGAAACUUCUUUGCCCGCGCGGGAUACUUUUUCGAGGACGAGUCCGGCGAUAUUCCUUCCCUGCUCCGUCGCCUUUGCACCAUGGAGUGCUUGGGAAAGCAUGCUGACCUCCUCAGCCGUCAACCACUGGCUAAGUACCUGUUGGAUCGUGGUCAGUACUCGCUGCUUCUCAUGGAUUGCGUGCCUGUCGCCUCGCUGGAACAGCUGGCGGGCACUGAAACGCACCAGGAGCCUCUGAUUAACCUAAUCGUCGACAUAAAAACGAAUUCAUUGACCGAAAACGAGGGAUUUGAGUUGAUAUCCAAGAGCGUUCAAACGUACUUGGAAAAAACUCACGACACAGUCGAUUCCUUUGAAGGGCAUCCCCUGCUCACCUUCUACGAUUUUCUCGGUCAGGAGCCAAGUGUGCGUUCUUUGGAGGGAUUCCUGACCUCUACCAACUUGGGUCGGGUUCCCUAUCUCAAAUCUCUGAUUGCUCGUUUCGAUCAUGGACCGACGAGCAGCAAUUUCGGGCUACCCACAGCCCAUGAUCUCUUCAUGAAGUUCAAACACGUUAAUUUGCCGCUACUAGCCACUGCUGGACAUGGUGAGCUGGUCUGCUUCUCAAACGCGCGCCUUAGUCAGCGAUAUGCCAGGAAAUCUCAACUGAAUUACACCCAUUACCUGAAGCAACAGCGCAGCGCCUAUGCUGUAUACUAUCUUAUCACGGAGCAACUUCAGCUCUACGGUCAGAUUACAAAGACGCAGCUGUUCCACGCCUGUGAGACUGUCACCCAGAUAGCAUUGCAGCACGCUGGCGAUGACGAGUUGGUUACCCAUUGCGUUGCCUGUUGCGAGAUGCUGGGUUUCGAUACCCAGCCACUAAGGAGUUUUCUCCUGCUGCAGAGGAAGCUACCGAAGUGCCAAACCGGACAAAGUUACUCCGAACUUCUAGCUGAAUGGGAUAAGGACUUAGUGGAAAACCUGGAGGCCAGUCCCAGAGAAUUUCCUUUGGAACUUUAUCAAGCCCUAAUGCGUUUAGCUAUCAGGGACACUCCUGGAAAACUUCCAGUGGCUUUGCUCCAAAGCUAUGCCUCCAAAAAUAAUUGGUGGCACUUGUUGCUAGUCUUCCAAUUCUUUGAUCUUCUAAGUGAGCUUAAGAAGCUCUUGCCCCACUUCAAGUCAUCUCCUAUCGGUGUGCAUCUUCUGCGAGCGUUGAGCUACGAAUCAUCUGGAGAUCGCCACCACAAAAGAACCCUGCAACGGCCGCCUCGUCGUAGCGGGGAAACACAAACCAACUCCUCUCAGGAGACGAUGACCAACUCGUCGCAUAGUUCGAAUCAGGAUACCAGCAUGCAGCAGCUUCAAAGGAAUACGGAUCAAUCCCUUUGCACUCUGCUGACACACACAGCUCGGCAGGAUAUAUUUGCUAUAAUACUAUGCAGUACCAAUAGUCUUCCAGAUGAGCUCAUUGCCACCACACCAAAGUUUUUGGAGAUGAUGGUUGGGAACAGCUCCCAGUGCAGCAGUAUAAACCUCUUGAGGCACUGCAUUCGCCAGGAACUUCCCAUCUUGGCUGUUCUGGCAGCCACUCUCAGCGAGCAAAACCGGGAGUGGUGCUGGUUCGUUUGGCUUUCGGUGGCCAGCGGACAGUGGAGUCUACAGCUCCAGGAGGCAUCCAAGGUGCGCGAUGAGAACCGAUCGGAAUGGGUGUGGUCAGUCAUUCGAGGAGCUGUGGCUGGUGGACACUUGAAUGCCCUUUUACACAGCCUAGAAAUCUUUCAGCCGGACUGCAAGCUAACUCAUCUGUACCGCUUUCUUCAACUGACUGCGCACCAAGAAGACUUUAGUGAUGCAACAAUUGUGGAGCUGCGCCACUUCUUUUUUAGCUGGAGCCAGAAUUCAGUUGCGUUGCCUCUGUGUGGGUCUCAGCAUAGAAAACAGGUCAUGCAGCGCUCCAUUGGCCUGCUGCUCAUUCAACUGCAGUCGAAUUUCGACUGCAUUCUGCAGCAGCAGCGCUUCCUUGAGUGCAUCUGUCGUUCGGAUGUGGGCGACAUUUGUGAUCUUCUGGACUUCUGCCUUCUACAUAAAGUUUUCGGAGUCGCAGCUACCUGGCUGAGGGAACUAUCCAUUGAUCUCGAGCACCUCGUGAGGAGGGACAGCUCCGAGUACAAGCGACUGGUAGAUGCCCUGACUGAGGCCCGAGCUUAUGACGAAGCCCUUCAACUGGCCACAUUGCUACAGUUGCCUUUAACUGACAUCGUGUAUGGUAAAUGGAUGGCGGAGCUGGAAGCCGGACAACUAAGACCCCACCAGGAGUACGAAAAGGACAUACAACAACACGCUUUGGCUCCCGCCAUCCUUGUAAACUUCCUGCUGCAGGCAGCUUCCGCCGUUGGUCAAGUGAGCCUCCGGCGAUAUGAGCUGCUGCAAAGUACGCUGGGCGUCAUCAAAAAGCAUCACCUGUUUCCAAACGAAUCCUUUGAUCGUGAUCAGAUCGAGUAUGACAUGGUUUUGUGCUAUCUGCAGCUGCCGGAGAACCAGCUCUCUCAGUUAUCCAUUUACCACUCGGAGUAUUUCGAGCAGAUCAUGCUUCAAGAGCGCUGUGUGCUGUAUAAAUCCUUUUCGGAACUCAAAGAACUAGCUGGAAUCGAUGAUCUCAGCACAGCUGAAAAGACUCCGCUUACCUCUGAGAUGGAAGACCGACUCAAUACUCUACUAAACACUCUAUUGGACAAGGGUGACAUUGUAGAGGCACUGCGUCUUCAAGAGCUCUUUGAAUUUCGUCCAAAUGACCUUCGAUUUAUCGUAUUUGCAAUGGCAUUGGCCGAAGGUAUGACCAGCAUUAGCAAUCUGUCAAGCAAGGAACGCCAGCUGCUCGGAGAAAUAGAGAAGAGUGCGUUUCCCAAGUUCAAUCGGAUCACCUUAAACCAAAAUGUGAUGACGCGUUGGGACAGUGACCUCUCUGACACCUGUUCGGACAGCGUGGCCAUGGAGUUUGAAGAGAUUCCCUCCAAAGAGAAACAGCAGACACUGGACACCUUGCUGGGCAUUGGAUCGAAGCUGAAAUAUGGCGUUGAGCUUGGACGACGCAUUGUUCUGGCCUACAGGGCUGCCAUGUAUUUGGACAAAGAUUAUCUGGAUGUGUUGCGAACCAAGGAUGCUGGUAUCCUUUUGAAGAGCGCCGCUGCCGAAGAUUGCCUACAGCGUCUACUGGUGGUCAGUGAUAUACAAAUAUCCACGAGAAUGACACCGAAAGAAAUUGCCGAAUGUUUGGCCCUGGAACUGACCACCUGCAUCGUGCGUCCCCGGUUUUAUAUUCUCCAUGUCAGGGAGCAGCCGAGAAAUGCUUUACGAAAUGCUGAUCUCUGGGGCCACAGCAUCGAUCGGGAUUUCCACCUGUUCCUAGAACUGGCUCCCAAUUCUACUAUGCUGGGUAAUUGUUUGCUGGAGUACUGUGAUGCCCUAAAGACUUAUCGUCGCUACCAGGAGGGCAAGCCCUUUGAGGAGACCGAAGCAUUCGAGAAUCUUUCGAAAAUAAUAUCGCUCUACGGACUACCCACUCCUUCUCCGACGGGUACAAUGUCAGGCAUUCCACAGGUUUUGUCACACAAGAAACAAAAUCAGAUCUACGUGGAGCUGUUGAUCAAAGCGCACCUGUGUUUUGUGCACGAGUGCUCCAUGGAAGGCAUUGUGAGCGUGCUCCAGAAAGCUAAAGCACUUAAUACUAAACUAGCCCAGGCCAAAUCGUGGUCGCUGAUUGUCCGCUUGCUGAUUGGAAUUGCACGCUACCGCGAGAUGUUCUACUGCUUUGAUUCCCUAAUUGAGAACGAGCAGUUCGAGUCGUUGUUGGGGCAGUUCGAUGAGGACCAGAAGGGAGGACUUCGACAGGCGAUUCUUAGUUACCUCAGAGAGUAUCAACCAAAGAAUGGAAAGGAACUGCUGCGCCUGGCGGCGCUGCACUUCCUCAUGUACAAAGAGUUGGCGGAAAUGUGGACUACGGAGGCCCAGGAGAUAGUAACCAAAAUUCAAGCCUUCGCCGCGCAGUCCAGUAAACUAAAAUGCUCCGCAGAGGUGCAAACACUGUUGCAACAGGCCUUGGAAAAUUACACACAUGCCACGGAGAACUAUUUGUUGGACAACAAACUCCUGCUGGCCCAGCAAAGCGUUUCCCGAGCCGAGCUGAUGGCCAUGCAACUGGAUCUGUGCAACAAAGCUCUCGAAAAACGGCACAGUAAUAAUGCGAAUCAUAUGUGUGUGAGCGUCCUUGGAGUGCGUUCUCGAGAACAGUUUCGGGAACUAGUCAACGUCCAUUUAAGCGUACCACAAGCUCUGAUUCUGAGUCGCGCUUAUGGUUAUGAUAUUAACUGGAGCGAGGCCAUCUUGUCCCAAUUCGUUGUGCUUCAGGGAGCCAAUUAUCUGCAGGAGUAUCUGUGUCAUCAGCGCAUCAAUGAUGACGUUAUCGAGCAGAUUGUCAAGGGUUACUUACUGCACAUCCAAAGUAAUGCCACGAACUCGAAACAGGAGGAGUCGAUGAUCCAACUGGUGGAACUGAUCAAGUCCGUGGUUCUCAAAUACAAAUUGGCAUCCAUAUUGGGCUUCAAGUCCAUUGUGAUGUCCUUAAUUAACGAUUCCUCCGUUUAUUAUCUUAGAGAUACAAAUUUCGGUCGUAGCGAUUUCCACACAGCAGGAGACACGUGACAUAUAUACCAUUGUGAUUUUAAACUGUUUUUAUACAACAACAUUAGCACUGAUUACGUUAUUACAAAUAUACAUUUACAAAUAGCUAAA